AGCAUUCACACAGCCCCGUGUUCCCGUGUGUGAGCAACAGGUAGCUCCAUAUACGGAUUAGAGAGGCACUGCACAGCCCCUCUGGCACUGGAUCUGCUGGGGCGCACAGAGGGGCAGUGCCAUGCACACUCCAUCCGGCGCGCCUCUCCUUAGUGGAGAGAACAGUCUCUGCUUUUCAGAUUGACUGGUGUCCUGACGAUGGAAGCCCCCUCAAACAGCUCCGUCCACCCGAACGGAUCCGAUCCGUUUGCCAGAAACGAGGACGUGGCCCAGAUCGAGAUCAUGGUCCUAAGCAUCACCUUUGUGGUGGCUGUGAUCGGAAACGUGAGCGUCCUGCUGGCCAUGUACAACACCAAGAAGAAGAUGUCUCGGAUGCAUCUUUUUAUUAAGCACCUCAGUCUGGCUGAUCUGGUGGUCGCCUUCUUCCAGGUGCUGCCUCAGCUCUGCUGGGAGAUCACCUUCCGCUUCUACGGGACGGACUUUCUCUGCAGGAUAGUGAAGCACCUCCAGGUGAUGGGCAUGUACGCCUCCACCUACAUGAUGGUGAUGAUGACCCUGGACCGCUACAUCGCCAUCUGCCACCCGCUGAAGACCCUCCAGCAGCCCACCAAGCGCUCCUACAUGAUGAUCAUCUCCACGUGGAUGUGCAGCCUUGUGCUGAGCACCCCGCAGUACUUCAUCUUCUCCCUGAGCGAGAUCAAGAACGGCUCCGAGGUCUACGACUGCUGGGCGCACUUCAUCGAGCCGUGGGGCUCCAAGGCGUACAUCACCUGGAUGACGGUGGGCAUCUUCCUGGUGCCGGUGGUCAUCCUCAUCCUGUGCUAUGGGUUCAUUUGCCAUAGCAUAUGGAAAAAUAUUAAGUACAAGAAAAAGAAGACAGUGCCUGGAGCUGCGGGCAAGAACGGACUGAUCGGCAAGUCUUCGGUCAGCAGCAUUACCACGAUUUCUAGAGCCAAACUCAGGACGGUCAAAAUGACUUUUGUGAUCGUUUUGGCGUACAUCAUCUGCUGGGCGCCGUUUUUCACAGUGCAGAUGUGGUCCGUGUGGGACAAAAAAUUUCAGUGGGAUGAUUCUGAGAACACAGCAGUGACUCUGUCUGCGCUCCUUGCCAGUCUCAACAGCUGCUGCAACCCGUGGAUAUACAUGAUCUUCAGUGGCCACCUCCUCCAGGAUUUCGUGCAUUGCUUCUCCUGCUGGCACAAACUGAACGUCGACUAUAAGAAGGAGGACUCGGACAGCAGCAUCCGCAGGACCACGCUACUGACCAGAAUCACCAAUCGGAGCCCGACGGGCAGCACCGGCAACUGGAGGGAGCUGGACAACUCCCCAAAAACAUCACCUCAGAGAGAGUAAACAGACAGUGGCACCAAGAAACACAUUUAGAGAUAAACUCAUCUGUGGGUAGGCAUGAUUUUGACAAAAUGUUUCACAAGCUAAAAAAUUCUAAGGACAAGAAAGCGUUUUGCAUGGAAGAAAUUUGAUAAAUGCAAAUAGAAAGAGAUAUAAUUUGUAGCUCUUUGCUCAAUCCCAUGUUCGUACUAAAUCUUGGUCAUGCGAGCUCAAAUAUGAAUACAUCAGAAACAAAUUGUUUUAAGGGACGGAAGGCAGUUCCCCCUUGACUUGAGUCAAAAUUCUUAAAGAAAAUCAUGAAAGUCACAGCUUCAAACUACCAGUUAGCAUUCUUAGACCCCCUCAAAAACAUUCAGCUAUCUUGAUGUUGUCACUGGUGUCCGGGUCUCCCUGUCAAGCUGCCUAACUCAGUUUCCUUUCUGAGUGUUUACAGAGAUAAAAGUUACUGCAGCCUGGAGGUGUGCGGGGGUAAAAAAACAGCCCUCCCAGACCUCUCAUCUCUAAGUAACCCGAGGCAACCCCCUCAUCCUUUGUGUGUGAAUUUCCAUUUUGUUUUUGUUUUUUUUUAUGUUAAAAUGUGAUUGAAACCAAUCCUUUGACCCAACAUAAAAGCGUUAACAAGAAGAAAAGGAAAGAAAAAAUAAAAAUGCAUGCAGAUUUUAACAUUCACUCAUUUAUCAUUUGUCCAAUGGGUUGUUUCAUGUUCCAGCGGGCUUUUCUUCUCUUUGUGCGGAUCUUGAAAUAAUGGCUUUCAUUUCUGCUAAGAAGAUGCAGCAGGCACAUUGACAGUAGGUGAGCCUGACCCACCCUUUGCACGCCAUUCCCAUGCUUUUACAGAAUGUUGAAGAGAAGCUCACACAUUCCUCACAAAACACGUCAGUGCACUUCCCGAGUUUUUUCUGACAUCCUGCACCAUUGGGGGCUCUGUGUUUUUGGCUUUGUUUGCACUCGAGACAAAAACAAUUUCCUGCACUUUAAUAUGAUUUAUGACAUUAUGACUGUCAGAACACAAAGAGAGAGACAAAAAACAUGUCCAUUCAAUCCAAAAUGUAUAUACAAUACUUUAUGUAUGCACAUCAAUGUGUUCUGUGUAUGUUGUUUUUUACAAAAGUGUAGCCUAAUGUAUAUUUGUACAUAAAAAGGCACUUGGAUAUCUGUAAAUAGAAUAAUAUAUGUAAAUCUGUCCGUAAUUGCUUUUGCAUAUAACCUAAAAUAACCUAAAUAUAAUAGAGAUUUAUGUUGAAAUACACACAUCGAUGUAAUGAACACUAAUGACUUUGUUGCCUGUUUUCAUUGUCAUAACACUGGAGAUUUCACUGUUUGUUUUAUGCAGUUGCUGCACAACCACAAAAAACUAUGUCUGUUAUUUGUGCUGGGAAUAAGGCGCUUUUUGAAUUUAUAUCUCAAGCCAAUCUGAGGACUCAAAUUGUGCCAAGAUCUGGGAUUAUGCAACCUUUCCAUUGAAAAUAGUGUGAAUAGGAAGUCCAGUUAAAACAGACCUCAGACUGGUGACAAUAAAACCCUGCAAAUACUCCAUAAUGAUACAUAUGGAGUAGCUUUUUCGAAUUAUAAAUCUCUCAAUUAAGUUGCUGGUGGACUUUUUUUUGGUAGAAAUGUAAUUUAUCAUUAUAGUACAUAAAAUGUUCAGAUUUGGGUGUUAACAUAGAAAAUAUGUUUUGCUUUUGGUUGCAUGUUCUUGAUUUAACUUACUAAAGCAUCCCAGAUCAGUGGAAGUGAACAAAUUUGGCUCACUGAGUUUUUGACCAAUAAAUAAAUAAAUAAUGUUACUGACAAAUUCA